AUGGCCAUGGUGGUCAAUCCCUGGCAGGAAGACCUCACCGGAGUGCCAGGCUCCCAGGUGACCAACCCCCCGGGGAUGUGCAACCAGGACCCCGGGGGCCCGCCUCAGACGCCCAGCACCCCGAAGGGCCAGGACACGGCGCACUCCGGCGACAAGGGGGUGCCCAACGUGGACUGCAUGGUGUGCGGGGACAAGUCCAGCGGCAAGCACUACGGGCAGUACACCUGCGAGGGGUGCAAGAGCUUCUUCAAGAGGUCCGUCCGGAGGAACCUCACCUACACGUGCCGGGGCAACCGGGACUGCCCGAUAGACCAGCACCAC